AUGUCUGAACAACCGAGCAACGAUUCUGGAACGUCUUCAACCGGCAAGAUGUUCACCUUCAGGCAAUCUGCGCUUGCUGCCAAAGCUGAUCAGUUGUGGAAUCAAAGCAAGUCUUGUUCUGGAUUUGGUACAAUGCCGUCCACGCAUGUUCAGUUGGAGAAGAAGUCGCUCGGUGACGUGCUUGGUCGUAUGGCCGAAGAAAAGAGGCUCAGACAAGAACGGGAAGAAAAAGGGAGGCAGUCUUUCGUAUUUGGUUCUAAAAUCUCCGAUCGGGUAUUAAAGCGAGAGGACUUCGAUUUUCCGUCUGAGGCUAUGGAGACUUCUGAAAAGAAAAAAGAGCACGACCGGCCAAGUACGAGUGUAAUAACCGUGACUACUGGAGAGGAGAACGACGUGAGCAUAUUCCAGACAGCAUGUAAAUUGCAUUCUUUCGACGCGGAGGGGAAGAGAUGGGUGGAACGUGGGCUUGCGAAUAUAAAGAUAAACCGACAAGAUGAAAAUGGAGAAGUCCAUCAUCGCAUAGUGGCUCGUACUGCUGGUAAUCAUCGUGUGGUUAUCAAUUCUAAAGUGCAUGCGGAUAUGCUUUUCGAGCGAGUCGAUCCUAAGAGGUUAAAAAUUAGCGCAACGACACCAGACUCUAAUACAAUGCAAAUAUUUCUGGUCACCAUCAGUUUUUCUAAGACAGCUAUUAAUAUAGAUGAGUUCUGUUCUACUCUUGAAAGUAUUCUUAGGAUGGAAAAAGCCAAAGCGUCAUCAAAUAGGAAGAGAAAGGCAGAUGAAGAUUCUUCAUCUUCUUCUAAAACACCUAGGAAGAGCUCUAACGAUGAUCCCAUACUGAAAGACGAAAAUUUUGUGAUUAAUUCUGCUGGGAAUGAUUUGGAAGGUAUUCAGGAGGACGACAGUUUAGUUCCAACGAUCAGUGGCACAUCGUGGUUCAUUUCUAGUAAUGGAUUUUUGAUUUUCAUACGAAAACUCGGUGCCCUUGUGUUGAUAUGUUGCAUAGAUUUUCAAUGUCGUCGAUCUCAUAAGAUGAUUGACUCUAUCUAA